CCAUUCUCUCUUUUACAUUAGGGGACAUAAUAGCUUACAAUUUCUGCCUAUCAAGAUAUGAAUCGCAUUCAGUUAGCCAAUCCCAUAUUGUUAUCAAAGAUAUGCAUAUUCUGUUUCAUCCUUCUGGUAGAAAAGUCCUCUGCUGCUCAUUACCAGUAUGAAGCAUGUGUUCCAAAAGCUUGUGGAAAUCUCAGCAUAAAGUUUCCAUUCUAUAUUCGAGGUCUGCAAGAAUCCUAUUGUGGCCACCCUGGAUUUGAACUCAGUUGCAGCCACUCUCCAGCGAUUCAUUUAACCGAAGAUGACUAUGUGAUUGAUAACAUUCAGUAUGAGAAUCGAACUUUUCGGGUACACAACGAGGCAGUUUCAACUGUCGGAGGUUGUCUACCACAGAUUAGAAAUAUAUCAGAAGACUCUCAGCUCGGUAUAGUUGAUACUUCAAGACUUCAUUUGCUAUCAAACUGCAAUAGCAAACUGCCUGAGGUACUUUCCAGCUACAAAGUUGAUUAUUGUGAUCCUUUUAAUAAAGAGGAUUUGGGUCUGGCGAUGUUAGGAGAGGAUAAAAACUUGAACAUUGCACUCCAAGAAUGUAACACAAAUGUCUUGGCACCUGUGGAAGUUGAUAAAAAUGGAGGAAACGGGAUUGUAGACUAUGAAGGGCUGUUGAGAAAGGGAUUUCUGUUGAACUGGAAAGUAGCUGACUGCAGCGAAUGUGAGCGAAGUGGUGGUCGUUGUGGCUUUAAUGAAACCGAUGGUCGCACACGAUGUUUUUGCCCUGAUAGUCCUCAUUUGGAGAGUUGUAAACCUCGAAAGAAGAACUUGAAAGUCAUUCUGCCCAUAGCUGCUUCUGCUGGUGGUCUUGGGAUUUUAGUAAUUCUUGCCUACUUCUUCCAAAGGAAGUAUUCAUUUCUGCGUAUUUGGAGUAAAAGGGAGAAGUUCCAAAAUGUUGAAGACUUUCUCAAGGAUUAUGGAUCACUGGCACCCAAAAGGUAUCACUACUCUGAGGUAAAGAAGAUGACUGACUCCUUCAAAAUCAAGCUAGGACAAGGUGGCUAUGGGUGUGUGUACAAAGGAAAGCUGCAAGAUGGAAGUCCUGUGGCAGUAAAAGUUCUGAAGGAAUUGAAAGGAAGUGGAGAAGAAUUUAUUAACGAGGUUGCAAGUAUUAGCAGGACUUCCCACAUCAACGUUGUAACUCUAUUGGGCUUCUGUUUCCAGGGUCGCAAAAGAGCUCUCGUAUAUGAAUUCAUGCCUAAUGGAUCCCUGGAGAAGUUCAUUUAUGGUGGAAAAUCCUUGACAAACUGUCAACUGGGAUGGCAGAUUCUGUACAAAAUUGCAGUAGGCAUAGCUCGAGGACUGGAGUAUUUGCAUCGUGGUUGCAAUACUAGAAUACUCCAUUUUGACAUAAAGCCUCACAACAUCCUCCUAGAUGAAAACUUGUGUCCCAAAAUCUCUGAUUUUGGCCUUGCUAAACUCUGCCUUCAAAAAGAGAGCAUCGUCUCGAUACUGGGCGCACGAGGGACAGUUGGAUAUAUUGCUCCUGAAGUUUUUUGCAAAAACAUUGGAGGGGUAUCUCAUAAGUCAGAUGUCUAUAGCUACGGGAUGAUGGUUUUCGAGAUGGUUGGUGGGAGAAAGAACAUUGAUGUUGGAGUAGAUCAUAGCAGUGAAAUAUAUUUUCCGCAUUGGAUUUAUGCAAGACUAGAUCGAGGUGAAGAAGACCUCGGACUGCAUGGAAUUUCCAAUGAAGAGGAGAACGAACUUGCGAGGAAAAUGAUAAUGGUAAGCUUGUGGUGCAUACAAACUGAUCCUGUCAACAGGCCAUCAAUGACUAAGGUUGUGGAGAUGUUAGAAGGGAACCUCCAUGCCUUGGAAACCCCUCCCAAACCCUUCUUGUCUUCUCCAGCAAGAGCAUCAUCAGAAGAUUCUUCAACAGUAUAUCCUUUAGCCCGGAAAAGAAACUCAGCAGUUCGAAUAACAAUAGGCGUUUUAGCUCCAGCAAUGAUGAUUAUAUUGGUUCUGCUUUUUGGUUUGAAGAAGAGACAUUCUUUAAGAUGUUGGAAGGGAAAUCCUGAAAAUGUUGAAACCAUGCUGAAGAACCAAGGGCUCCUUGCUCCAAAAAGAUAUAGUUAUUCUGAUCUUAAGAAAAUGACCAACUCCUUCAAGGACAAAUUAGGCCAGGGUGGCUUUGGUGCUGUUUAUAAAGGGGCGUUGUAUGAUGGCAGUCUUGUAGCAGUGAAGAUUUUGAAUGAAAGAAAUGGAAAUGAAGAAGAUUUUAUAAAUGAAGUUGCAAGUGUAGGUAGAACUUCUCAUGUUAACAUUGUGACCUUACUAGGUUUCUGCAUUCAAGGGCCCAAGAGGGCUCUUAUAUAUGCGUUCAUGCCAAAUGGAUCUCUAGAGAAGUUUAUACAUGUGGAGAAUUCAUUGACAGAGCGACAGUUAGGAUGGGAAGUGUUGUUUCAAAUUGCAGUUGGUGUUGCUAGAGGACUAGAAUACUUACAUCAGGGUUGCAAUACUCGGAUUUUGCAUUUUGACAUAAAGCCUCAUAACAUUCUUUUGGAUAAGGAUUUGUGCCCCAAGAUUUCUGAUUUCGGCCUAGCUAAGCUAUGCCCGAAUAGAGCAAGUAUAAUAUCAAUGUUAGGUGCAAGAGGAACAGCAGGAUACAUUGCUCCGGAAGUAUUUAGUAGAAUAUUUGGAGAAGUAUCCCAUAAGUCGGAUGUCUAUAGCUAUGGAAUGAUGAUUCUGGAAAUGGUUGGAGGGAGGAAAAACAUCAAUCUUCAAGUUGAUCAUACAAGUGAAAUAUAUUUUCCACAUUGGAUAUACAACCGUCUUGAACUGAACGAAGAAAUCAGGCUUCAGGAUAUCAAAAAUGAAGAUGAACACGAGAAGGUGAGGAAGAUGAUAAUAGUUGGCUUGUGGUGCAUUCAAAUUGACCCUAGGAGACGUCCGUCAAUUGGAAGGGUAGUGGAAAUGCUAGAGGGGAGCUUACAUUCGUUACAGAUCCCACCAAAACCUUUACUUUCUUCUCCGGCCAGAUCAGGAUUAGAUUCAACUUCUUGAAUGUAAUGCAUAGUUGUAAAUGUUCUUUAUAAUAUUCUGAUGCAAAUAAUGGUCAGUGUAGUUGUCCGGUGGCAAAAAUUCUCCCAGGUGAUGUUCCAGAAGUUCCCUUUAGUUACUUGAACUUCUCAAU